AUGGAGGAAUCUGACAAGCAGAAUCAUACUAACAAGGCAAAAAAAGACAAAAAGAAAACCAGAAAUGAAGUAAGAGAAAAAAUUUUUAAAUGUACAGGCUAUGAAGAUUGUAAUAUGGCAUUUAAUAGGGCUGAACAUUUGGCUAGGCAUAUAAGAAAACAUACUGGUGAAAAACCAUUCCAAUGCCAUAUCUGUUUCAAAUACUUUAGUAGACCUGAUAACUUAAAACAACAUAGGGAAAAUGUACAUUCUAAAAUUGAAAACAUUACUUCCAUCCUCAAAUCCCAACCAAGGAUACAUAAUGAUCAAUUUAAUUAUAUCAAUGGCAUAGGGGUUAAUAAUACUGGUUAUCUCAACCAAGCAUAUUAUCAAUAUCCACAUUAUACAAACGGUAUAUAUUAUAAUUAUGUCGGUGCCAAUAAUAAUAUGACUAUACCUAACAAUACUCCAGAUUAUUUCAAUGGAUAUCAUCCCCACUUUCCUGUGGAUAUGUCGGAUACAAAAAUGAUUCCUUUUUCACGGCCGCAUAUGGUAACUAAAACUACUGUUAUUGCUGAUACCAGUUUAAAUAACAAUAUCCCAAACAUUUCUAACAUAGAAAAUAGCAAUUUUCGCUCUAGUAGAGGUACUGAAGUUAGUAAUAAUAUUCCUAAAGUAAAUCAUUUGUCAAACUCAACAGAUUUGACUGAUAAAAAUCACAUAGGUAUUAUUUCAAAAUCUAAUAUGGACCAACAAAAUUCAAAUUUCCCAUCUUUAGGUUACAGUAUUUUUCCUAAAGAAAAGUCCAAACAUAAUCCUUAUAAUUCCUACCCAAUACCGACAGAUGGUAAACUGGUAUCCCAACAGAACAAUGUUGCUGCAUUAAACAAUACUACAACAAACUAUAACUUUUAUCCAUAUAAUAUAAUCUCUGAUAAUUAUCAAGUAAAUCAUAGUUUUGGUACGAAUAUGUCCCAGCCUCCUACAGCUGGCUCUGUUAAGAGUAUUUCAACUACAACACCAUCCAGAAGCCAUGAUAAUAAUGUAAAUUAUAUCUCAAACAGAACACCAUGUAAUAAUUUGCUACCAUAUCAGGCAAUUUUACAACAGCCAAAGACUAUUACUGCAUUGCCUGUUCAGUUAGAGAGAGAAAGAAUCGUUUCCCUACCUUCAAUCUAUCAAGAUAUUGAUUCAAAGGUGAAAAUGAAUGCACAACAAACUAAUGAAACUAAUACAAGUAUUAACCAAAACCAAUUCACAAAUGUUCCAUCUUAUCUUUUAUCAUCACUCCAAACAAUGCCAUAUCAAAUAGGACACUCGCAUCAUCAAGCACAGUCCACAAUUUUGUAUAAUCCCAUUCAACCAUCGGCAGAGUUAGUUAACUUGAAUCAUAAUAAUUCUGGUAUUAAUAAUGUAUUCAGUAAUUUAACUAUUAAUAAUAAAAGUUCCAAUCUAAACAAUGAUGAAAAUAAAACUUAUUCUACAAAGCAAACUUUUACCAAAAAUAGUGCUACUAAAAGUAGUCCUUCUUCUUUGGAUUCAAAAUUGAUAGUUGAAUCAAAGUCAUUAUCUUCUUUAGUUUCAUCUGCCACUUCACCCACUAUUGGUAAAUGUUAUAAAAACAAAAUCAACGAAGGAAAUGCUAAUGUUUCAGGUAUAAAAGAUAAUAUUUUGAAAAAUAAUUAUCAUAAAAGAAAACUUCCUGACAGAUCCUCUUCUUCCUCUAGCGGAAAUAGUAAUAACAAUAAUAGUGGUAGUAGUAGUGACAAUUUAUCUGAUGUUAAUGAAUCCAAUACUCAAGAUAUAAAAAACAGUAUUUAUGAGGACAGCGAUGAAAAGACUUCAAAUAAUGAAGAGUAUUCUAAGAAGGAUGGUACAUCCAAAAGGAAUAAAAAGAAAAAUGAUAGUAAGCCCAAGUCUAAGUCCAAGUCUGCUUCCAACAAACCUUAUAAGAAAAGAUCAAAGAAGAAAGCAGAUAACAAAAAUGAGUUGGGAGGAUCUAUUACGAAUGGGUCAUUUAGUAGUUUUGAAUCAUCUGUCUUUAGCACUGAGACAUACGAUACCACUGCUGGCAAAACAAAGGGUGAAGAAAGAGAACAGAAGAAAACUACGGAAAAAAAGCAAAAGGACAAAUUCCAUGAAAGAGAUACUAAUAAGAAGAAAGACACGCAAGUUACAAAAGAUGAACAACAUUUCGAUGAUGAAGCUGAUGGGUCUACUUCCUCAAGGUUAAGUUUAGAUUAUAUUAUAUCAUGA